CUUUCACCCCCUUCCAGUCCGAACACUUUCACCCCCUUUCAGUCCGGACACUUUCCCCCCCCUUCCAGUCCGGACACUUUCACCCCCUUCCUGUCUGGACACUUUCCCCUCCUUCCAGUCCAGACACUUUCACCCCCUUCCAGUCCGGACACUUUCACCCCCUUCCAGUCCGGACACUUUCACCCCCUUCCAUCCAGACACUUUCACCCCCUUCCAGUCCGGACACUUUCACCCCCUUCCAGUCCGGACACUUUCACCCCCAUUUUCCAGUCCGGACACUUUUACCCCCUUCCAGUCUGGAUACUUUCCCCCCCUUCCUGUCCGGACACUUUCACCCCCUUCCAGUCCGGACACUUUCACCCCCAUUCCAGUCCG